AUGUUCCUCUUUGAGUUUCUCCAGCAUCGGCGGGAUUGCCGCUUCAAACAACAAGAGCGUGAUGCCCGCAUCCGUUCCUUGACCGCCUACCACGGCCAGCUCACGGAAGAGGACAAAGCCACCCUGGCGCGGCCCAUCGAAGAUCUCGUGGCUGGCAUCCGCUCGGGGACCACAUCGCCGCUCUCGGUGCUGCGCACGUAUGGCAAGGUGGCACUCAAGGCGCACGCGCGCACAAACUGCCUUACCGAGGUGAUGUUAUCCUCAGCCGAGGAAGCAAUCACCCAAAAAGGAGAAAUCAACCUGGCCAGCGGCCCGCUGGCGGGCGUGCCCGUGUCCCUCAAGGACACAGUCGUGGUGGCCGGCUACGACACGACGGUCGGGUACAGCGCCUUCGUGGGCAACAAGACGGCGCGCGACGGGCCCAUGGUGCGCCUGCUCAAGGACGCCGGUGCGGUCCCCUACGUCAAGACCAACUGCCCUAUCACGCUGCUCAGCUUUGAGAGCGCUAACGACGUGUGGGGACGGUCCGCCAAUCCGCACAACACGGACUACUCCCCCGGCGGGAGCACGGGCGGUGAGGCGGCGCUGCUCGCCAUGGGCGGGCGGAUCGGUAUCGGCAGCGAUGUUGCCGGUAGCGUGCGCGUCCCCGCCCAUUUCUCCGGGUGCUACUCCCUCCGCUGCUCGACGGGGCGCUGGCCCAAGACGGGCAUCUGCACCAGCAUGCCCGGCCAGGAGGGCGUGCCGAGCGUCUACUCGCCCAUGGCGCGGACGCUGGGGGAUUUGAGGUACUUUGUCCGGGCGGUGCUGGCGGAGAUGAGGCCUUGGAAGUACGAUUACACGGUGCAUCCGCUGCCGUGGAGGGACGAGGUGGAUAAGGAGUUUUUGGCGGCGGAUACGAAGCUGCGGGUCGGGGUUCUCAGGACCGAUGGCGUGGUUGAUCCGAGCCCGGCCUGCACCAGGGCGUUGGCCAUGGCGGAGGAGGCGUUGCGCAAGUCCGGGUGCACGAUGGUUGAGGUGCGGGAUGCGCCGGAUAUGUACGAGGGGUUGAGGCUCGCGUCGCUGCUGCUCAACGCGGACGGGUGCCAAAUGUUUGAGUCGUUCCGGCGGUUUGGGGAGUGGAACGAUGCCGGGGCUGCUCAGAUGAGCAGGUUGGCGAGGUUGUGGGCGCCAGUCAGGUAUUUGUACUAUCUCUGGGUCAAGUACGUGCGGCAGGACCAUGUCUGGGCUGGCCUGAUAAGGAAUUGGCGGGCUCAGUCGGCGUUUGAGCAGUGGAAGCUCGUCAGCCAAAGGGAGGUGUACCGGGCGAGGUGGUUCGAGUGGUGGAAUCAACAAGAGUUGGAUGUAAUUAUUUCACCACCAAACGCUACGCCUGCGGUGCCGCAUAAUGGGAUGGCAGACGCGGUCAGCAGCUGCGGGUACACCUUCUUGUUCAACAUGCUCGACUAUAGCGCGGGUGUUCUCCCCAUCACCCACGUGGACAAGACAUUGGACCGGCUGCCUGCGUCGUUCAGCAUCAAGAAGCUGAAUGGUGUUGCGCGCGGAGCCUACAAGCACUACGACGCUGAGCGCAUGCAUGGGUUGCCUGUGGGUGUGCAGGUAGUCGGACGUCGGCUGGAGGAGGAGAAGGUCCUCGCUGUGAUGAAGCGGCUGGAGGACGCACUCGGCGAAGACAAGUACCAGCUGCUAGAUGUAAGCACCCUGGACUAG